AUGUUGAGGCUAAUCAUUUUAACGGUGUUGGUGGCGCCAUCAUCUUCUGUGUCUGUGGGUCGCAUCCUGCACUUUUCGGAUGUGCACUUGAAUAUAUCCGAUGGAUUGACGACAGAAAAUCUUCCCUUUUCCAUCCGCUACUUCCAGGACGCGUCCUUGCCACUCUUCGAGUCGGCAUUACAGUACGCGAAGCAGCACGUCGUGGCGGACCCAGACCUUUUUCUUUAUACUGGAGAUCACGCGGUUCACGGGCUUUUUACGGAUGCAUACAUUUCUGAAGCUGUCAAGACAAAUGUACAUGUAAUGGAAAAAUAUUACAAGCAAAAAAGUUGGAAUGGACUGCAGGAUGUCACGGCCAUCAUUGGCAACGCAGACGCGAAUCCCGACUACCAUAUGGAGUUGACGAAUCCUGAGAUGGAAACAAACCCGUCUAUUGAGCUCAUUUCGAAUGCUUGGAAGGACUCCUUGUCAGCGGCCAACAUGGACUUGUUCAAUCGUCGUGGAUAUUUGACCUACGCUCUGGACGAUAAACUUGAGGUGAUUACUCUCAACACGGUGCCCUAUUCACCAAGUCAUCUGCCAGAUUCGUCGGAGCAGCCAGAUCCGUUCGGACAAUUUGCCUGGCUAGACAAAACACUUGCAAAGCUUCAAAGUUCUGGUAAAUUUGCGUACAUUGCUGGUCAUAUUGCGCCAAUCGUAGACUCAUACGGAGGCGAUCCUCAAUGGCAUCCCAAGUAUAUUGUGAAGUACAAAAACAUUGUUGGCAAGUAUGCUCAUGUAGUGAAAGGACAGUUCUUCGGCCACGUUCACAUGAUUGAGUUCCGAGUACCUGUGCCAUCACUUGAGAUACCUACAGAAGCGGACAGUACUUUUCAGCUAAUGCCGAUGUACAUUUCGGGUGCAAUCUCGCCGAUUUUCGGUAACAAUCCGUCUUUUAUAGUUUGGAACUACGAUCCUGACACAUAUGACGUGCUUGACUAUUCUGUGUAUUCUUCCAACAUCACGGAGAGUGAGACUCAACUCGACUGGAAACUUUCGUUCAAGGCAAGUGAGGCCUACGGUCUCAGAUCGCUAUCUCUUUCCGAGCUCUCAGCCUUUGUGCGCCGUGCUGAGCAGAACGUAAGCUUGAUUGAGAAUUACCAUUGGAACACGUGGGCCCGUUCGCCGAACGCUCCACCUUGCAAGGACUCACUGUGCCACGUCAAGGCGUUUUGUACACUGAAGUGGUGGACUACAAAAGGCGAAUAUCUAGCUUGCAUUGAUUCGUUUCAAUCGAAGCUUCCUCACGACUACAUGUCCGUCUCACGUAACGAUACCCCUAGCACUGUAGAUUAUGCCUUGUCGUUCAAGGACGUGGUGGGAACGAUUGGAGAGACAGUGGUCGUAAUUGUUGCUGCGAUCAGUUAUGUUGUGUUUGUCGGGUUCAUGCUUCAACGAGCUGGUAUCCUCAAAAACCGUUCGCUGUACGAGACCGUGGAUUCUUAA